AUGAUCUCUACUCUGACACACAUUACAUCAGUGCCUGCAUUUACUCGAAAUUUUUUCACCACUUGCUUCCUGCAUCUCCGCAGAACCAACGAUUUUCUCAAUCUGUUGCCGUACAGCGUUACAGAUGCAAUUAAUUUUCGCUUUUUGUUGCUGGCUUUCUAGCAAUCGCAAUACUCGUCCAGUGAUUCUAGAACUCCUCUGUCUUUUCUACGCGAAAUUUCUGAAGUUUCGAAGGAUCCGUAGAGGAUGGACUGCAUUCCUUGAUCCUGUUCCGAAAGAAAACCUCUGGCCUAUCACACGGCUUAGAAAACCUAGCGGUGAAAUCUUGAACCGUGAGAUGUUAUACCAACGAUUUCAAUUCUCCUCCAAUCCAUCUCUUAUUUGAUCGCCGUUCCUCCUACCUUUUCAGCUCGUUUUUAUUGGGGAUGAUAGAUGCUAAAUAGUCAUCUUUAAAUCCAUCUCGACUGUCGUAUUAUCCAAAUUAGAUCGGAUUAGACGUUCGAAACGAUUCUUGUUUGUUCGACUGCUUGAAGAAAUUUGAUUUUCAUUCGUGAGAAAUUGUGGUAUCAUGCGCUUUUCUCAUGAUAUUCUGACGACCAAGUCCCAGAACGGAUGUGGUGGUGCAAAAUGGAGAACGAACAGGAAGAACUGAUCCACGCGAUCUUCUCACGAGACAGGAAGCCCAAUUAUUUAUUGACUGUCGAUGAUGGCUUGGACUAUUUUACGUGUUUUUCUCCGAUCGAGAAUACAAAAAAUUACUGCAUUGAUAACAUUUUUGCGGUACAUUCCAAGAUUGCAGCAGGUUCAGGAUCAUCAUUCAUCUUGCUCGAUCAUAGCUCCCAACUGGAGCCUUACCCGUGGCCAGUGUCUGGGUAGGGACGAAUCAAGGAUGUGA